UAACAAUCCGAGCUGCUCGUAAUGGCUACCGGCGGGCAACAAGUCGUCUCGUGCAUUAGCUGCGGAGCGCAGGGCCACACUUCUCCGCUCUGCCCUUCAGUGCCUCUCUCCGGGUCUAGCGUUUUCCCCAUGCAGUAUUCCGGGAACAAUAAACCAAACCGUCAGUACCUGCAGGGAUGCUCACCCGAGUUCAGUUUGCCCCAGGCGCCGGCCCCCUUUCCCGCGCCAGAAUCAACGUGGUGGAAAAACCUUUUAAAACAUCACCCCUCGACUCCCAUUAACACCACACACUUAGCAGCUGCGCUUUCGACUCACCCAAAUCCCGUGUUCGUUGAUUAUCUUUUGUCAGGGCUCUCUCAAGGGUUCAGGGUAGGGGUCCUUUCUCCCCCCUCAGUGACUUUAGUGGCUAAAAACCUGCAGUCAGCCGCCAAAGAACCCACCAUAGUCUCUCAGCUCAUUCAAAAAGAGCUCAACAAAGGAUAUUUAAUCGGUCCUUUCCAUUCCUCUCCGUUCCCAGUGUUCCGGACAAGCCCAAUAGGGGUCGCUACACGCAAAUACUCAGAGAAGAAAAGGCUCAUUUUCGAUCUGUCCGCUCCUCGCGCUGGUCCGUUUUGCAGCACCAAUAGCCUUAUUCCCCCAGAGUAUUUUUCGCUUCAUUACGCUUCAGUCGAUAAUGCCAUCAAGCUUAUCAAAUUCGCAGGGCAAGGAGCGCGGCUCUCCAAAGCAGACAUCACCGACGCGUUCAAAAUAAUUCCCAUUCACCCAUCUCAGUGGCACAUGUUCGGUAUCAGGUGGGAGUCCAAAUUCUACUUUGCUGUCCGUUUAACCUUCGGGUGCAGAAGUAGCCCUUGCAUUAAUUAUUUUUCCGAAGCCCUCUGCUGGAUCCUCCUAAACAUCGUCAGAAUCCCCUCCGUCCUUCACUUAUUGGACGAUUUCCCCCUCGGGACAACUCAGGCGCCUCUUUAGCAAAACUCAAACUAUG